UAGGAAGAAAUAUUAUGAAAAUAUUGAAAGAAUGAAUUCCAAAAAAAACUUAAAAUGAGUAAUGAAUUAUGUAUGUUAGAGCACUGAUUCUUUACUUAAUCUUGGAAAUUUUCGAGAGAAAACUUUGUCUACGAAUUACCAUAUAAUGAACUGUGAAAAGUAAAAAAAGCAUUAUCUUAAUUUGCAUAUGUUGAAAGUGGCAAGUAAGAACAUAAAAUUGAAAAUUAUGAAAAAAAUCCUGCUGAAUAAGUGCCCUACGCCCUAAACAGAUGCACCCUUUUCGAAAUAAUCGCCAAAAACCAAUUUCCGAGGGAUGUUCGUUGGAUUUAAGGGUGAUUCCGCCCAUCGGCCAGAGGGAAACUUGAUAUUUGAUUAUGAUGCCAUACGGAAACACGUUCGCUAGAUAUCAAAACUUUAUAAAUUUUUUCUGGAAAAAAGUACAAUUUGACUGGACUACUUUGAAAAUUGGCUGUAAAAUGUACGUAACGGAAGGCGAGACUUCUGAAAGAAGGUUUGAAAUUGAAUGUAAAUUAGAAGCUGAAAAUACUGGUUUAGAAGCUUUGAAAGAUGCACAAAACCGAAGUCAGCGACUUACAAGUAAUAUGGUGGCUAUUAUUUCUUCUUUAGAAGAACGAUUGGCUACGCUUCGCCGGACAAUUCUUCCUGUAUACAAUGAGACUGGGAAUCUUCAGUCCCAACAACAUAGUUCCUGGCUAUAUCGCUAUACUUCAAGAUUAGCUCCGGUGGCGGUGCGCCACCCAUGGCGCCGGAAAGUGGUGGUAUCACACUAUUGGACCGCUCCUGCCGCUGAAAAAUUUCCAAGUGAAGAUCUUUUUAUCGAAGACGCAAAGUGGGGUCUCGCGCGAUUGGCUAGCACUUAUGAUGUGAAAUUCUAUAUUGAAAAAACUCUGACUAUUUUGGAUCAUGCAAUUGGUUACUACGGAGUUUGUCAAGAAGUCGAAGGAUCUGUACGUGGUGGACCUAAUGGUGCUGGGGGCUUAGAUGGAUUUUUAGAAGUGAUGAAUCGCUUAUACAAUGCUCAACAUUAUUUUCAAAAAAAUAAUCCAAGUUCAGUGGAGCUAGAAAAUGUUUCAACAUUAUUUGGCACUGGAUUAGAAGCUCUCUAUGCAGAAUUUCAUGACAAUUUAGCCAGGCAAAGCAAGCCCGUCUUACCAAUUGUACUUUUGGAUUUGAUAAGUUCCGAUGAGGAUACUAGUGGUGAAGAUGCCCCGCAAUUUCUUUGCCAGUUGCCUGAAAGUACUGUUGCUAACUUGGUUAAAAUAGCUCAUUGGUUGGAAGAAAGAGCUCUUCGGCAUUACGUAGACAUGUAUGCAUCUGUGCGGUCCGCAAUUGUUCUUCGUUCAUUACAAUUAAUGAAGGAGCAUCACAGAAGUGCAAGCGGUGGCAGUAUGCAUGCGGGAAGUCCUAUGAUGAAACCAAAAUUUGCUCACCGUCAUUCAAUAAGUGCGCAAGAGAACGUUGGACGCAAAACAUCGCGACGUUUACAACAUGCACUGGAGAAGAAAGCCAGCAAAAUGUUUCUAAAGGCAUCCCACACUACUGGUAUAGGACUGUCUUUUCCUUCAUCGAGGAAGCCUUUGCCUAUGCCAUCAAACUAUCCCAUUGAGGACACUGCUCCAGAGGAACAAGAAAUGGAAAAUUAUCUUCUAUUGACUGCUAGUUUACAUAAGCUAAUGCAAGUAGAGCGUGCUUUGGUUGCCAGAAUUUUGUCGACAAAUUUACAACCGCAGGUGUUGGAGGCAACAGUUCGUGAUGCUAUGGAUCUUGUAACACAGGAUGGAGAAAGUAUUGCAUCUCGAGCUAAACGGUGUAUUAUUAGACGUGAUUUUUCUGCUGUACUAGUCAUAUUUCCAAUUCUAAAACAUCUCGGUGAACUGAAACCAGAUUUAGAGAGAACGGUAGAAGGAUGUGACUAUGCUCUUCGAUCAAAAUUUGCAUCUGUGAUAUCCACGUUAAAUACCACGGGAGCUAAGGCCUUAGAUGAUUUUGCUGAUAGUGUUCGUAAUGAAUCAGGAACUGCGUUACCGAAGGAUGGCACAGUAGCUGAAAGUACCAGCAAUGUGAUAGUAUUUCUGGAACAAUUAAUCGAGUAUGCCGAUACUGCUGGAGCUGUUCUUAAUCGCAAUGAAGCGAAUCCUAUUUCUUCAUCAAAAGCUACUACUGAACGAACCCUUUUAGGAUCAUACAUAAAAAAGGUGUUGGCACAACUAAAUCUGGCUUUAGUGACCAGAAGUGACUCAUCGUAUUCGGAUGCAGCAUUACGGUCCCUUUUUCGUUUAAAUAAUCAUAACUACGUGAUCAAUGCUUUACGCCGUAGUUCUUUAAUGGAACUUUUACUAUUAGCGGAACCGAAUGCUGAACGAACUUACGAAGAUAUUCUUCUUAGAAAUCAAAUGAAUUAUGUGACAUACACGUUCAGCAAAGUAAAACUAUUCGUUGAGCAACCUAGUGAAGAUGCUGAUCUGAACCCAAAAGUACUGAAAGAGAGAUUUUUAGCAUUCACAAAAGAGUUUGACGAAGUUACGAAACAUCAGCGUACAUUCUCAGUUCCAGAUGCUCGAUUACGAGAAGAAUUGCGAAAGGAAUUAAAUCAGUCUCUCACACCUUAUUAUACCAGCUUCUACAAUAAAUAUCGGAAGGCCUCUUUCUCAAAGAAUCCUGGGAAAUACAUCAAGUAUACGCCAGAGCAAGUCUCGAGUGCAAUCAGAACGUUCUUCGAUGGAGUUUUCUAAACUUAUUUGUUGCAAUCUUAUUAUAUGUACACGGGAAGAAAGUUGUAAAAAUCAGUUUUUACUAUAGUUAGUCAAUGCGCAAAAUAAUUUUUUUAAAGUCAGCAAUAAACCGGACAUAUUAGCUUUAGAGAAUUACACUUCAGCUUUUUCUACUCAAAUAAACAAAAUCAAACUAAA